AUGUUGAAAAUGAUGACCCAGAGGCUAAAUAUUGUGCACAAAAUCUCGUCCAAUUUAAGGCUUUACACAACAAAGCCAACAUUUCAGCAAUUAGGUAUAUCAAAUACACUAUGUUCGAGGUUAAAUUCAGAAUUCCACAUUGAAUCCCCCACAAAGGCCCAGUCAUUGUUCAUUCCGCCAAUCCUUAAAGGUCAAGAUCUCUUUAUUCGAGAUCGUACCGGAACUGGAAAGACUUUCGGAAUCGCACUUGCACUCUCCUCAUUCGACAAGCCAACCCCUCCAAGAAAAAGUAUACAGUCACUUUACAUCGUACCCAAUCAGGAAUUGGCUGUUCAGAUCGGCUCAUGGCUGCAGCGUCUUCUCCCAGAUGCCCCGACAUCUUCUCCUGUGGAGUCAAAUGUCUUCCAAACCUCAAAAACAAUGGUUGGAACACCUGGACAUCUACUCGAUCUCAUUCAACAAGGCCGGUUAAACAUCGAUGAAUUAAACUCAAUUAUACUGGACGAGGCAGAUCAAGCAUUACGCCUUCCAAAACGUUUUGCUUCCUUGCGCGAUCAACAGCGGCGCGCACAGCAUCCAAAACCUGCCCAGAUCUUGAUCGAAUCCAUAUUUGAUAAUCUUCCUAGACAUUCAGAGAAACCGCAAUUGGUUGUGUCAUCGGCCACCUUGAACCGACCUAUCCGUCAUUGGCUCAAGCAAAGACAAUGGAUGUACAAUCCCCUCUUUGUCGACAUUACAGAAGGGACACAGUUGGAUGACGAUGCUGAUAGCCCCAAUGUAAAUCACCAUUGUUUGCUUCUUUCCGACGACACAAUUCGAAACAUUAAGCCCUAUGAAGAGGAUUCCGAACCUGUUGAAGUAGAACGAUCUGUAGUUGACUUUGAGGACACCGACGACCGUGUGCUAGAGAACCUUGCUAUACUCAAGCAAGUCGAGAACGUUCGUCACGGGAUACUUUUUGUUGGUGCAUUUACCAGCACUGCUGAUAUUAAGCGUCGGUUGGAAGUACACAAUGUAGAAAGCAAAGACAUCAGAGACUAUGUUCCUGGUCAGCCCAUUUCUCCAAAUACACUGUGGAUUGCAAACGAAUUCAGUGCACGCGGAAUGGACAUCCCAGACGUCUCUCAUGUGUUUAUUCUUGGAAGACCGUCUUCUGUAGCAGCCUAUCUUCACAUGGCUGGACGCACAGGUCGUCUUACUCCAAAGGGAUUUGGCCAAGGCAAAGUGUUUAGUAUUGUGCGUGAUAGUGGACGCACAGAAUCUAGCAUGCAAACGAUGUACAAUCUUAUGAAUGUACCUGUAAAGCAGUAUGAACAUAUUGAAUAA